UGCAGAACUUGCAUAAUAUAGUCAAAUCUUUAUAUUAAUUUAUUUGUUUCUUCUUGACUUUGACAAAUAUUUUGCCUUUUCAUGUCAUAAUAUGGCACCGUAGGCAAUGAAAUUCUGCGUGAACUGUUGAAAAGAUAUCAAGAUGCAAGGGCGAAAGAAAUUUGCUGCAAAGACAGCGGGACAAAAUGAAAGCACUAAAGGGACUGUUCCGGAUGCAAUACUCAAACAAGCUCGCAAGUCUGGGCAGCUAAAUUUAUCUAACCGGGAAAUAAAAAUAAUUCCAGAUAAAAUAUGGAAAAUAAACCAAGAAAUACCAGAAGAAGAAAGGAAUGCAUCACUUGAUUCUGAUGAAAAAUGGUGGGAUCAAACACAGUUAAAUAAACUCAUUCUUGCCUCAAAUCAAAUAACAAGUAUUUCUCCUGAUGUUCAGCUGUUACAGGCUUUAGUUGUACUUGAUGUAAGUUUGCUCAUAUAAGCCAUAAGUAAUUUUUACAUUCAGAUGUUACCACAUGGGGGCGGCAAACAAUUAGACAUAUGCCGAUGGACCAGCUAUAGUGUGGAAAGUUUGUAUCGCGCAGCAGAUAACUCCGGCGCGCAAUUUCCAAACUUUCCAGUCUGGCCGAUGGAUAGGCUGGCAUUAAUUUAUUAUACCUCACACUUACCUACAUUUCUGUCUGGGGAACUUUAAAAAACUAGUGCUAAUUCACCUAUCAAUGUUAAGCCCCAGGGUGGGAGGGUUGGGCAUAUAUGUGGGGCAUGAUUUUUCAUGCAAUUUUUUGGUCAUUCCCUACAGUACCAUGGGGGAAGCAAAUAUCAGUCUGAAAAUGUGAUCAAAUGCCCCACUGUUGGGCACACAUAUUUGUGGUGAAAGGCUUGAAAGUCAUUUGUCCCAAUCCUCAACACAUGCUCUUCCUCAGGAUGCAAGAUGCGUAAUUCAAAUAUCCCACACUUUGGGAGGUAGAGAAUUAAUAGAGAUAAUUCCAGCGGGUGAAGAGUAAAGUAUCAAAUGCCCGUAUGCCCACCUCCUACCUGGGGCUUAACAUUGAUAGAUGCAGAAUUACAACAGCUCAUUUUGGAAUCUCCCAGGAUGUAUGUUUUUCGUAUAUGGGUUAUUUUCAUUCUGUUUUCCAAGGUAUCACCUGUUUUUUGUGAGAUAUACAGGAUCUGCAACCAGGCCAGCCUGGUUGUUUAUAUCAAAGGAAAGGUAAUUUUCCACCACAAAAAAACUGCACUUUGUCUUUGAGAAAACAGGCCCAAAACAGCCCAGCCUGGUUACCAUAGAAACAGCCUAUUUGAAAAUUGGUAUUCUGAAAUAGACCAUUGAAAAGUAUAUAAUUUUCAGUAUUUUGGUUAAGUUGCUGAGGUUUGGGGGCACGUACAGGAAUAUCGGACAAUACUGUAGGGGAUGCAGCAGUCUGAUGCACUGUUUGCUGAGAGCUAAAGACACUGAAGGGAGCCAUGAGCUCUGAUCAAGUCUUGGCCUCCUUGCACUUAACCUGCAUACCUUGUACUAAGAGGUUAAGUGGAUCAGCACUGCUGGUGUGGGUUUAUUGCAUUGCAAGAUGUACUCCUAGCUGGCAGAACCUAUAGUAGUAGCCAUGACAGUGGAAUUAAUACUGGAAAGACCUAUUAAAUGCUGAAAUAAGUCCCCCAGCAACCCCCCCAAAAUAAGUAAUACUAACAUUAAUCAGGAGGGCCGGGGUCAGAUAUGGGAUAUUGGUAGAAACCCAAAUUACCAAUUAAAUAGGACGUAGGUAUAAUCAUCAUAAUGAAAUAUGCUUAAUUAUUUACCAUUUCUAUUUUUAAAUAUUUUCCUAUGCCUGUGGUGGUGUAAUAGACAAUUCCAGCUAUCGACUAAUUUUUUAUCUAGACAAGAAAGACGAAAUAUAAUUAUUCAUUAUAGAUCAAAAGAGCAUCCUAAAAUGAGUAAAAUUGCAAAGUUUGGUUGCGAAAUGUUGUAAAAUACGGAAACUAUAGCCCUGUGAAAUUGGUGAAUUUUCAGUAUUUUGACCACUUUCGGCUCAAAAAUGGUUAUUUUUACCAUUUUUUUAAUUAAAAAUACUGAACAUUUGCUAAUUUCACAGGGCUAUAUUUUCCGUAUUUUACAACAUUUUGCAACCAAAAUAGCAUUUAUUAUAAGUUAACUUUGUAAUAAUUAAUUAAUGAAAUAUUGAGGCUGGUGUAAUUUGAUUCAUGAAUUCGCAGAUUACCACGUUUGAAUAAAGUUGUCAUUCCAUUUCAUAUUAAGCCCUGCCCUCUUAUUUAUUAACCCUCUCUCUCCAAUAGCCCCAACCCAACAUCCCUGAAAUAAAUAGAAGAUUUAUGAUGUGCAAUGUAUAGCUCAAUGCAUUAAAUGCAAUGUUGUAAGUGGGCCCAGGUGUGCAAUGUAGCACCAAAUUAAUUAACAUACUGAUUCUGAUAAAAAAUAUUCUGAUUCAAGCUUCAUGAUAACGAGAUAACAAGUUUACCUGAAGCAAUUGGAGAGCUUAGUAAUCUGAAGAAACUUAACCUGAGGUAAAUAAUAUUUCACUUUCCAAUUUCUUUGAUUAUUACAUAUUACGAAAGUCACCGAACUGUGGAAUCGCAUAAAAAAUUCGUAUAUCGGCCACUCCCACAAUUCACAAAUUCUAAUUUUGAACAGCCAAUCAGGUUCUUGGUAACAAUUACAAUUAAACGUCGAUUGGCUGUUUAAAAUUAGAGUUGUAAAAUGCAAAAAUAUGUAGGUACGGUCGUAGACGUUGGUGGGAGUGGUCGAUAUACGAAUUUUUGAUGCGAUUCCACAGUUCGGUGCCUUUCUUAAUUAAUAUUAAAUACAAGUAACAAGGUUAAAAAUGAGUAAAAAAAACGAGAAACAUGGCGGAUCAAAUUUAUAUGGAAACAAUUGCCAUUUUCCACAAAAACUAACAAUUUCAAUUUUAGCAUUUCAACUCAACUUUAAUUUCGGGUAAUGUCCUAGUAUAAGUUAGCCUUUCGCAGUUUCGUGUUUCUUGGGAAGCGAAAUAAGCAUGAAACAUUUAAAAACGUUUGAAAGCAUAUUUGAUGUCCUUUGGUCCGUAUUAUAAAGUUGGUGGUCUUCGGUCGCCUUUCGAAUAUGCCUCGAUUAACAAAAGAUCAAAGAGUUUGGGUUUUAUGGUUUCCCGUGCAAAACAUUGUAUACGUGAAAAAGGACAUACUUUCUAAGACGAAUUAAUAAUUGUUUAUCCAACAAUUAUGUUUUUCAUUCGUUCUUUUGGCCAUAAUAAAACUAUAUAAUUUAUCAAGUUUAACCAAAUAAUAUUUGAUAGGCAAUUUUAUGUAUUUAACAUUGUCAAAUAUGCUUAUUCGAUUUAAAACAUCGAUAGCUCAGUAGAUGUUGCACAGCCAUUCAAAUGUUAUAUAUCGAAAUCUAAGUUAGCCCUUUUUCAAUGCAAUAAAACUUAUUUGAGUGCAAUAGCUUUUAUAGUUUUGAUGAACGUUACAUUAAAUCAAACAGCGCGAGUUUUUCAAAGAAUAUCAGUCAAAAUUGCAUGUUGAAUGAAAAAGACGAGUUUAAGUUCCAGGUGCUUCAAAACCACGAGUGGAGUGCGUGUUCUUAUUCUUGGGUUUCAUAUGACGUCACAGAAGUGACCGGGGGUGAACUCUAAAACAAAACACAGUUAUCAGAGUGAGUCGAUUGCUUGUUUUAUGGAUUAGCCUUGUGUUUGGUAACAAAUACAUGGAAUUUCGUACCAUUUUCUCACUCCAGUAUAGCGUAAGUAUCAAUACAUUUGAGGUUGACUCCCCGUCAGAUUCACUGCAUGAUGCCGUUAGUGAAACCCAAGAAUUGCACGAGAAUUCAUACUACUUGCUUAGUGUUUUUUUAGAUUAUUUUAUAUAUAUUAAAUAACAUGUCAGACUAAACUAUUUAUUUAAUAACUAGAAAACCUUUUUCUAUAAACCGAAGUUCAUUCUGCAUUUUUCAGUUACAACAAAUUGACAUGCCUUCCAAGUGAAAUUGGUAAUCUCAGUGCACUGGUCUCACUGAUGAUACAACACAACCAACUCAAAGAACUUGUGGAGAACAUUGGAAAACUAGAUAAGCUGGAAGAGCUGGUAAUCAGUUGAUGUGUUCUGAUAUAUAUUAUCGUAAUUGUUGAAUUGUGCAUGUUACCGUAUAUAUAUAAUUGCCUGAAUAUACUGUACUAUUGUCUAACAGAUCGGAUCAAUUCACCUUGCAAGGUGAAGAUUAAUGUCGAUGUUCCAUUGAUGGAAACUUUUAUAAAUAUAUGGAGCUAAAAGAGGAGAUUCUUAUAUGGAUAUUUCUUAUUCUCCUCGAGUUGAAAAAUAUCAACAGUUUCAUCAAUUAAAACCUGGUUUCCAUUUCGUUGUAACUGUCAUGACCAUAUCAUAUUCAACAAUGUGAAAUAGUUUGGAUCUAUACUGUAUCUUGUCUUUUCGGUUAUAUGCAAAUCAGUCUUGACUGACUGAAAAGAGUGACAUAUUGGCACUCUUACAUCGGUCACCUAGAUAUGUUACGGCUAAAUAGAAACCAGGCGUAAGUGAGGGCCCUCUUCAGAGUUACGAUAAGGACUUGUUGACGAUCUGACCACAGAGUACAGUAUAUACCUCACAGGGGUCCAACUCAGUCAAAAGCCGCCACUCCAUAUACUGUAUAGUCGCAAUGCUAAACACUCGCAAUGCUGUCUAAGCCAAGCUGGCCAUGUGGAUGUUUUCAACCAGGUGACGGCCUUUCCUUAGCGCACUGGAACGUAGCUGCCGGUUAUGCUUGACAUCAAAGACGCUAACACGAAGUUGAACUUCUAGAAGUGUUUUGUGACUGUGGUUUGAUGGCUAUCUUUAAAAGGGGGAACGAGGAAUCGGGGAAUAUCAUAUUCCCCCUUUUAGAGAUCAUUAAAAUGGGAACAUGGGGAUAUUGCCCCUUUUAAAGACCUUUAAAAGGGGGAAUAUGAUAUUCCCCCAUUCCCCGUUACUUCCCACUUUUAGAGAUAGCCAUGGUUUGAUGAAACCGCAGACGAGGAUAAACCCUCAACGGUGGAAUGGUGUAGGCGCUGAACACUCAAGUGUAUUGAGUAACUACAUACAGAACCUCCAUUGAUACAGUACCAGUGUUUCUACUCAGACGGAAUCGUCCUGUGUCACUGUGUGAAUAAAACUAUACCAUAUCCUUUAUUAUCCUUUUUAAUCAGGACGUUUCAAAUAAUUUCCUGGAAACUUUAGCGGCGUCAUCGGGAUCACUGACAAGUUUACGAAAAUUAAAUGCAUCUCAUAACUCGUUAAGAAAUUGCCCAGCUGGAGUUGCUGGCAUGUCAGGUAUAACACCAAACCUAGCUGUAUUAUCACUGAUGAUGAUCUGCAUGGGCUUACGUAUCGAAACUUUGCCAGUUAAAGAAAAUGUGGUGUAUUAUCUAUGGAUGUUUUCCAUAGUGUUAUUUACCUUCUUGAUGGACAGUAUUAAAUUUUAUAAUCUUUUUCAUUUCUUUGUCUUUUUUGUUUAUUGGUAACUUUAUUGUCUACUUGUUAGUAUUUUGUUCGUUUGUUAUUUUGGUCCUUUCUCACGCUUUCUCGUGCUUUUUUGGUACGUUCCAUGCUUUCUCGUGCUUUGUGUAUUUCUUUAUUGUAUCGUUAUUCUAUUCACACUUUGUUAUUUCUGUAAUUCUUACACGAUAUACUUACUGUAUGAGAUGUUUAUUAAAUCAGUUGUUGAAAUCUUGUUUCAAAUUUUCUUUUUAGUUUUAUGUGAAAUAAAUUUCUCAAACAAUAAGCUAGAAACCUUGCCAGAAGGUGAAUAUAAUUUAUGAAAUUAUUGUAUUAUUACGAUCAGAAAUAUUGCAUGUAUCCGUUUAUUUAUCAUAAAUAUCAUAAACAGAUUCUGCUCUGGGGGAGGGGGUGCCGACAGUUUAAGGGGUGGCAAAAAUUUGGGGGGAGGUUAGCGACAGGGUGCGUAGCGCCGCCGAGCAAGCUGCAGCAGGGGUCUGGGGGCACAGUUGGCAAAAUGUGAGAUUUUUUGUCUUAUUUAAUUCCAAAUCCUUGUUUUUAAUCUUACUUAGUUAUUUCAAUCGCACUACUAUCAUUUAUCCCAAUGGGGGUGCAAAUUUCUCUAGGUGGAGAUUUCUCUUCGUGCAAGUUUCCAUGAAGCAGACCGUGGUGGUGUGGUACUUGUCUGUGGUACUUAUAUCUAAGUGAAUAUUAAGAUAAAUCAUUUCAUUUUAGAUAUUGGUAAGCUGGGAAAGCUGGAGAGACUCGAUUGUCGUUACAAUCACUUGACAAAAGUGCCCACUUUGCAGUCAUGUACCAGACUUAAGGUACAGUAAUUUGGGCUAGCAUGAAUAUGCCUGUACAGUGAAGUAUAAUGAUUUUGCAAAUGUCGUACAGUAUAUUCUACACCACUUGAUACUAAAGUCAUUCCUUGUAAUGUACUGUAUGGUUAUAUUGUUGCUGUUUCUGUACAUUGACCAUGUACAUCUUUCUGCAUGCUUUCUUCCCUCACUUAAUACCAAGAUUUCGAAGAUUUAUACCGAACAUUUUUUCAGCAUUGGCGUGAAAUUGAGGUUAAACGCGCGUUUACGCAACCACGUGUCAGAAUAUUUUCAUAAUAUACACAUAAGUUUCUGCCUUUUUAUGCUGUGACGAUUGGAUGUUAUAUCUUGUUGUUAUGCCUUUUAGGAACUCUACGUGGGGUAUAACCAUAUAGCUAACAUAAACCCAGACGAAAUAUUAUGUUUAUCUUCUGUGAUGAUCCUGCAUCUUCGAGAUAACAAGAUCGCCCGGUGUGUUACCUGCGAGUAUUAAAAAAAAUAAAGUGUUAUUCGUGUUAUUCUUUGUAGAUUUUGAUAUUUGUAUAUUUGUAGAUAUAAUGUACAUUUUACCUUAAUAGGCCUACAUAGUAUAUAGAACCUUUACCACAAUAAAUUAUGGAUAUCUAAAGUUUAUAACUUAAAGGUGGAAGCUGUGAAAAUGUUAAUAUGCUUACAUGUAUCUCAAUGAAGUUACGUUUCUCGUUUCAAGUUUGCCCAACGAAAUUACAACGAUGACUGUCCUGGAACGACUGGAUUUAUCUAACAACAAUCUUUCUGAGUAAGUACAGUAUAUGCACAUGAUUUCCCUACACAAAACCAACAUUUCAGAUGGAUUUAUGUGUUUUAAUAGACUUCCAUAUCGCAUGGGCAACAUGAACAAACUGAAAUCAGUAAUACUGGAUGGGAAUCCUUUACGAAGUAUCAGGCGAGAUAUUAUAAUGGUGGGAGUUUUUGAGCAAAUGCUUUUUGCAUGUUUAGGCUAGACUUUAUAAUAGUACUGUAACUUAUUUUUGUUCCAUAUUGUACUUUGAUUGCUAUCAAUUUGUUCUCUGAGUUUGGUUCAUUUUCAGUGCGUGUUUAUUUUCCUUACAGAAAGGAACUGCUGCAAUACUGAAACACCUUAAGAACAAAAUACCAGGCGAGUCAUCA